GUGCACACUUUGGCCACACUACCCCACACUGUUGCACUAGCCAAUCGAUUAGCCCGAUAGGCUGUGUCAAAUAACGCCUCCUGCUAUCGAUAUCAAUCAAGAAAAAAUAAAGUUUAUUAAAUAGAUUUGUACAUAGGAAAUCGCAAAGCGCGGAGCGAAUAAAAAGCUGGGCUAGCCGAAAAAGCCAACCAAGUUGGUGGGCUAAAAGAGUGAAUUUGAACCACAGUUAAGGAAAUCGCGGACAAGGAGCAGCAGGAGGAGUAGCAGCUGACCACCAGUGGACCAGUGGAGGAGCGACCGUGCGAGCGAGCGGAGCGUAGCAGAGCGGUAAGAGCAGAGUAGCGUUCAGUUCACCGUUUAGCGGACAUGAACGAGGAAAUCGUGCGGGAGCAGCGCGGUGGCGAGGAUUCCUCAUCCUCCGUCUCUCCGAAAAGUGCAACGGCAGCGGCGUCGGCGUCGAUGACGUUGGCCUCGGCGGCCUUGGAAUCGCACACGACGACCACCAUCACAACCGCCAGCAGCAACCCCCCCACCAGUGGAGCAGGUGCAUCCACCUCGCCAUCCUCUCCAUCUGCAUCUGCAUCGGCAUCAGCAUCAGUAUCAGCAUCGGCGUCCAGUGGGCAGGAGAAGCAGGCUAUGCAGCUGCCCCUGCUGAAUGCCACCGAUAUGCGCGAGCUGCGCGAAAUCAAGCAGUUGCUGUGGGGCGACAAUGUGCGCGAAGAUGUAUUCAAGCGUUGGUCUCAAGGAUUCGAGUUUAGUAAAGUGGAACCGUCCGCAUUGGUGCAGAAGCAGGGCGGUCCUUGUGCUGUGAUAGCGCCGGUGCAGGCGUACUUGCUUAAGAUUAUUAUCAUGGACUUGCCAGGAGUCAAGCUGUCGGAGAUUACCCUCGACAAAUCGCAGAACCUGCUGAUCCAGGCAUUGUGCAACAUCCUGAAGAACUGUCGGUCGCCGCGCUACCGCAUCGUCCAUCUCUUGCGCCGCCGUGGAAAUGCUACAGAGGCUGGAUCAACCAAAGAGCGCUCACCGACCGGCGAGGCAGGAUCUGCUCCAGCUGGCCACGCGGCAGGAUCUUCCGAAGAGGUGGAGGUGGCGGCUGAAGCCACUCCCGCCUCGGUCAACGAGUUAUCCCAGGUCCUGCAGCUCGAUCAGGAUAUGCAUCGCGAACUGUCGCCGGAUGAGUUCCACGAGCGCCUGCACACGCUCCACUUUGAGGAUAUCGCCGCCGUGGCCCGCUACUAUAUGGAGAACUACGACCAGCUGUCGCACACAUAUGGCGUACUGCUGUUCAUGUACUCGGUGUUCCUCACCAAGGGCGCAGAGCUGGUCGCGGCCGAUAUAUCGGACACGUCGGAGCCCCUGAUACACAGCACGUACGGCUAUGGCGGCCAGUCGCUCAUUAACCUGAUGUUAACUGGGCGAGCCGUUGCCCAUGUCUGGGAUAAUGAGCAGGAUGUCGGCGGACUGAAGCUGCGUGGCAUCUGUGAGCAGAGCGACAUCGGCUUCAUAACACUGAUGGAGCAGAUGCGUUACUGCACAGUGGGUUCCUUCUUCAAGAACCCACGCUUUCCCGUAUGGGUGAUGGGUUCCGAUACGCAUUUAACCGUUCUGUUCAGCAACGAAAAGAGGCUUGUCUCGCCAGAGACGCCCUCGGAAACUGGUCGUCGCAUCUUCAAAUCCUACGACCCGGAGGGCAACAAUUUCAUAUCGACAACUAUGCUGCGCGAAGUUCUGGCAGUCUUGAAUCUGGUCAGCGAGCCGGCCUAUGUGGCGCUCAUGCAGAAGCGUCUUGAUCCGGAGAACUUGGGUAUUAUACUGCUGAAUGCGUUCAUGGACGAGUUCUUCCCGCUGGAGCGCCGCUCUACGCCGGAUACGUUUGAGCUGAUGCACUACAACGGCAUACCGGGCUCCAAUGAGAAUAACAAGGUGCGCUACUAUUGCGGCUCGGCCAUUUUGCUGGAGGGCGAUCUGAAGUCGAUCUGCACCUCGAACCCGAUGGUCACCUGCCUGCAGACCAAGUGGCCAAACAUCGAGAUAAGCUGGCACGACGCCCACAUGCCCUCCUUGAAUUGACGACGUCAAGGGGGUCAGAAAAAAUCGCAGCAGAGGGUUGACCAGUGCCAUGCACAUUUUGUGGUGGAGGAACCAAUGCUGUAUAAACAAGAAGACGCGAUUGCACGUUUUUAUUUCACACACACACUUCAAUUGUUUUUUUUUGUAUUUACUUGAAAAUAUUUUAAAAACUGCUGGAGUGGAACGCACCAACCAAACCCAUUAACAAACAUAAAAACAAACAAAAUAAAAACUUAAAAGAAAAAUAGCAGCUAAACACUAACAGAUUCGCUUCGGAAAAAAGCUGCAGCCAUGUUGAAGAAACCGCAGGAGAGUAGAAGAUUUACGCCAAGCGUUCACCCACACAAAACACCCCAAGAAAAUAACCCAUAUAUGCAUAGCUGUAUGCAGCAUGGAAAUGGAAAAAGGAGUCGUUCGGGAAAAAAAGAAAGAUACAUCUUAGAAACAACUCAAAUCUAAUUUCGAACAUUGUACGUUUAAAUUUGCAUUGCAAAAACUAAACUCAACUAAAAAUACAGGCAACACAAAUAUACCUUUAUGAAUAAACUAAAAAUCUAAAAGAAGAAGUCAUUAUUGAGCAUUAGACAAAGCAAAAGCGAGAGUAUGAAAAAAGUUUGUUUUUGGCCUUUUAACAAAUUACUUGUAGUGUUAAAGAAUUUAAUACAAUUAAAUAAUAAACACAGAUGCAUUAAAAACAGGGCGCAGAAAAGGGCAUCUUCAAAUCCAAAAAUCCAACAUCUAAGCGAAAGAGACAGG